UCUCGACAGUAAAAUGAUCAUCUCCCUUUAUAUAUAGAAUGGCCUCUGACUAAUAGAAAAAACAUCGUUCGAUAUGUUUUUGAAACAUACAUCCACUCGGUCUCUCUGCACAUAAAGAGAGAGAGCGAGCGAGAGAGAGAUCACACCACCACCCAAAAAGUAUCGUCGUCGUGGCAUGACAUUUUUCGUUACUCGAAAUCAGCGAAAUUUUUCAUUGGCUGAGAGAGUGAUCGGUUCAUUUCUUCUUUCCCAGUUCGUCCGUGCGCUCUCAGUUGUCAGGAUCCGCCCACUUUUUUGCCGGAAUAAAGUUGGUUUGUGUUGUUGCCUGGAUUUCCCCGUUGCCGUAACAACAACCUUUGUUAUCGUACCCGAAACCUUGGUAAUUUAUACAACCGAGCCAGACGAGAACAACAACAACGGAUCGACUUUAAUUAAGACCCCGUCCUAGUGUUAUUAUGGAGGUCUGAGAGGCAGAAAUAGACGUCGUUCUCGAUUUCCUUGGAAAACAAUAGAUUUCGUCAUUGACUUUACCUUGCCUCUCCUAGAUUGCAGUGGAAUCGGGGCAAUUGUGUUUUUAAGACUUCAAGUAGAUUAUCUUGUAUUGUUGCCGUCGAUUCCAUCCUCUUUGGCUGUUUGUCAUAUCGCCGAAGUUCUUGAAGAGACUUUUUGCGUAACAACGCCCAAAUUUAUUGCACAAGUAAACACUAUAAUG